UGGCAACCUUUGUGUAGAAAUGACAGAGUUGCACCAGGCUGCAGCGGCCGGCGAUUAUGAACAAGUUGAGGAGAUUCUGAGGCAAAAUAGAUGCAACCCCAACCAGAGAGACAUCGACUGGAGCUACAAGACUCCUCUUCACUGGGCAGCAGCUAAAGGACAUACAGAAACAGUCAGGAUCCUCAUAGAACAUGGAGCCCGGCCCUGUCUGAGGACGGAGCACGGCUGGACGGCUGCACAUUUCGCUGCAGAGUCCGGCCGGCUGGCUGUCCUGAGGCUGCUGCACUCCCUCCACGCACCCAUAGACAAGCAGGACUGCUGUGGAGACAAACCAGCACGGAUAGCCGAAAUAUACGGACACCAAGACUGUGUUAGGUUCCUUAAAAAAGCUGAGACUGAAUGUCAGAAUUACCGCAAGACAGCAGCCCAGAAAGGGAUUUCAGUGGAUGAUACAGAUGAGGAGUGGGCAGACGAGAGCAAAGAAAAUGAGGAAAACUGUAUCUCUAAAGGCAACAUAUGAGCAUAGGCUUAAAUCACCUUCACAUCACAAUAAACUGUGCAACUUAGAAAUGUCUAGCAUUGCUUAAAUCAUCGUUAGCAUUGGUAUGUAGGUGACUUUCAAGCAGCAAACAAACAAACUGUGAUAUGGACAAAACAAAUAUAAGUUUUUACAGGGAAUUUAAGUCGUCUUACUGGCAAUAAACCAAAAGAAACAACAGAGACAGUCACAUCAAGGAUUUAAAGACGCUAUUAUCUGUGAUUUUAUGUUAAAUUUUGCUUUUUUUUCUUUAAUUUUCAAUUCCUCAGUGUCAAGUCUAACUUUAUGAUGCUUUAUGAGGAAAACAAACUAAUGUUAUAUGCACAAAACAAAUAUUGCAGCUUUCUACCAAGAAUUUAAUUUAUCUUACCUGCAAUAAGCCAAAAUAAACAACAGAAACAGUCACAUCAAGGAUUUAAAGAAGCAAUUAACUGUGAUUUUAUGAUUAAAAUGUUUUUUUGGUCAA